GAAAUGGAAGUCAAGAAAAGUAGAUUCAUUGGGUACGCAACCCACGUGGACUCGUGGCCAGACGCUCAACGAGUACUCCAAGAUAUAAAAAACAAACAUCCCAAGGCACGGCACUGGUGUAUAGGCUACCAGGGUGGUGCCGAUCCUGUGAACGAGCGAUCCUCUGAUGAUGGCGAACCGUCCGGAACGGCCGGGGCUCCGAUUAUUGCGGCGAUUCGGGCCGAGGCUUUGUCGGAUACGCUCUGUGUCGUUGUACGAUACUUUGGAGGUAUAAAGUUGGGGACUGGUGGCCUGAUCCGAGCAUACGGCGGUGCAGCUCGGCUUGUUUUAAAGGAUGCUCCAGUCAUUAUAUGUCUCCCAAGAUCCUCCGUGACCCUUACAGUGGAUGCUUCCUACGUCGGGGUUAUAUACGAUACGAUUGGCAAGGUCGGUGGUGCUGUCAUUGAAGAAGCGUAUGGCGCAGAUGGGAGUUUGACUGUGACACUUACAUGCGAAACAAACCAAGUUGACAGAUUUGAAAGUGGGUUGAAGGAUGCUACGAGUGGAAUCGUUUCUUUCCAUUGUCGAUCGUAG